AUGUCGUGCAUGGUGCUUCUAGUACUCUUGUGUUUGGGUAAGUUGGCUUGACUUUUACGAUUUCAAACUUUUUGUUUUUGGCCGGAAAGUUUAUGAAAAAACUUUUUUUAAGAUUUUUUGGGUAAAAAUUCAGUUUUUCAACCAAAAUUUAAAAAAAAUCAAAAUUUGUUUUAAUUCUAUAAAAGUCUUGACCAAUGCUUUACUAAAAAUACAAUUAUUUUAGUCCCAACUGCAAGCUCUGUCAAAUGUUACUAUUGUCUUGAAGCUGAUGGAAUGGGCAUUAAUUGCACGGAUGUCUUACCAAACAAUACUUACCAGGUGGGACAUUGUCCGCCCGAUUCUUGUUACACAGUAUGGGGCCAUGCAAUGAUAAAGGGCAAGGGUAAGGUUUUAUUGGUGAAAUAGAGUUGACUGAAAGCAGGGUGGGGGUGAGUAAUGGGCCAGGCGUACUUUUCAAAAAAUUUCCAAACUCACUAUUGAUUCUAAAUUUUUAUCAGAGUUGGCCAACUUCUCAUUCUAGUCCCUAUCCUACCCUAAACAGGAUAGGAUAGGGUAGGGUAAGGUAGCGUAUGGUGGGUUGGGGUAAAGUAUGACUAGUAAUUUUCUUUUUUUUAGUGGUCUUAGGAGUAACACGUGACUGCAUGCACGAUGGCGGGUUUGAGGUAGGUUUUAAAAAAAUUUGAAACGUAUGUUUAUUGAUUCGUAUCAUAAAAAAAAAUUAUUUACAAAUUUUAUUAAUUUUUUUGGGGCCAUACUAGAGAAAGCACCCAACAUAAUAAAGGCACCCACUAAUGGUUUAAAGCACCCAGCAAUCUUUAUUCAAAUUUUAUCAUUAUGAAACGUAGCGCUUUCAAAGAGCGGUGUAGAAGUGUCCAAUUCGUGAAUGGCGAUUGUUGUAGCAAAAACUAAAAAAAAUAUAAUAAGGUUCACGGCUGCUGUAACUAGAUAGUUGGCUACUAUAACUAGAUGGUUGGCUACUGUAACUAAGAAAUGGGCUACUAUAACUAGAUAGUUGAUUACUGUAACUAGAUGGUUGGCUACUGUAACUAGAUAGCUGGCCACUACAACUAGUUAGUUGGCUUUUGGCUACUGUAACUAAAAAAUGGACUACUGUAACUAGAUGGUUGGCUACUGUAACUAAAUAAUGGGCUACUGUAACUAGAUAGUUGGCCACUACAACUAGUUAGUUGGCUUUUGGCUACUGAAACUAAAUAAUGGGCUACUGUAACUAGAUAGAUGGCUACUGUAACUAAAAAAUGGACUACUGUAACUAGGUGGUUGGCCACUAUAAAUAGAUAGUUGGCUACUAUAACUAGUUAGUUGGUAGUUGGCUACUGUAACUAAAUAAUGGGCUACCGUAACUAGAUAGUGGCUGCUACAACUAGAUAGUUGGCUACUUUUCACUUCGACCACGACCACCAUAACCACCACGACCACUACAAUCACUACUACCACCACGAUCACUUCGACCACGACCACCACAACCACCACGACCACUACAAUCACUACUACCACUACGACCACUACUACCACUACGACCACUACUACCACUACGACCGUUUCGAUCACUACCACUACAACCACCGAGUCUGAAUCGACUACUGACCCCGACGCCCCAGUGGCAUCAACUAACGACUGGUCGCUCUCUGUUCUCACUCUACUGUUCGUUUACUGUACUUUGCAUGUGUUUUAG